CUGUAGGGAACAGUGAUAUCAGUGGAAGCAACUGCCCCGCAUCAGAGCGGAAGGACUGAUAAGAAAUUGAAAUAAAAUCUUGAGGCGAUCUUUAGUGCAGUCGGGCCUUUUGCCAGUCGAGUUAGCAUGGUUUCCCGCUUUAUUCGUUUCCCAUAAAACAUACCCUCCAAACUACUAAUGGUGCUCGAACAUUUGACUUUGAUUUUGGUUACAAAUUCCGCAAAUCGUUCAUUUUUUAUCCACAUCCAUUCCGUGGCAGCUUAUCUAUCUGCCGCAAGAAGCAAGGAAGAUAGAGCCGAAAUUCGAAAGUGUAUCAUUUAAAAUUAAUUAUAGUCCGUGGUCCCUAGUGCAGUAUCUUUUCCAGUUUAGUGUUGUUGCGGUUCGUGUUAUCGCCACACCCUUACUAGUGUAUCCCUGCUCCUUAUCUCGCAUCAAUCUUGUCUAAAUUUCGUCCUAAAAAGAAAGGAACAGGAGGAAAAAAUGUUGUGCACGUCUUCGCGGGUAGUGUUCUCGUUGUGCCUACAUCAUAAAUAAUUUUUUUUUUCGUUAUCAAGGUUCCACCUUUUCAAUCUUUUUGUGGUUUAUUGAAAAAUUAUCAAGUUCGCGGGUACGACGAAUACGAAAACGAUUUUGAUUGAUUUCCUUAGGCUGAAGCCUUGCACGACGUUGUGGGUCGCGUAUGAUCCUCUAAGUGUAUUGAAAGUUGCCUUUAUCCGGAUGAUUUAUUAUUAAAGAAUGACGACCGGAUUGUGUUGGUUAGUGUGUGGAAUUUUUAUUAAAUUUAUGUAAAUUUCUGUGGUUUGGUGUUUUUGCACAUUUAUUAGAAGUGGCUGAAUGGCGGAACGGAGAGUAAAGAAAUUUAUAUAGUCUCGUGUGUGAAUAUGAGAUGGCCAAUAGCUACACUCAGUGGAAGGAUUAUGUACAACAUAUAGGACUCAACGUAGAAUACAUUAAGAAAAACAUAUCAACUAAACCCGAAGCGUAUCACCGUAUCUACCGCCUGAAACUGAAAUAGAGUCCAUACCAAGUGAAAUCCCUCAUACAUAUAUGUUUGGUAUGCAAAUCACAGCAGCAAGACGAGGAAAAACUACUGCAUCAUCACGUUUGAAUAAUCAUCGGAGGAUAUAUAGGAGACAUAUCAUAAGAAAUACCAACCAUAUCAUAGCCAAGAUCGAUAGACAGCUCUGACACUAGCAAAGGACUUCGGAAACAGUGAACAGAUAAUCCCGCAUGCACUGCAGUCGGUCAGAUUGAUGCAUCUGUAAAACUAUGCAAAUUUAAAUUGCAUUUCAGAAUCUGUGAACGCCCUCCGCAAAACGAGGACAAAGUUCCUUCUCCUCCGACUACAGGAGCGCGCAACCUAGUUUAGUGAAAGUAGAAAAUUAAUUGAAAGCCUUCUCGCGGGGCACAUUCCAAACCAAACGUAUCCUAGAAAAUAAGAAAGAGAGAAGACAUGGCGUUCUUUUGGCGACGACGCUCAUCAUCGAUAGUGAAAAUUGUCAUUAUAUUAACGGCAAUAUGGUUCACGAUAGCAUUCCUUAUCUACACAGACGACGGCCGAAGGGCGCAAGGACGUCUUUCAUUGAGUUUAAAGGGAAGCGCCGGGAUAGAUAGUGGAGCAUCGGCUGUUGGCGGCGGUGGUAAUCCCAUCGAGACGGCUAUCGAUUCCAAUAAUGAGAUUCCCGACCAUGACUUCAAUGAGGCUGAAGAGGCACUUAAGAAAAUUUUCAAUCACAAUCCGCAACGAGUGAAUAAUCACAACGUUCAACAUAGACAAGUGAAGGAAACGGUGAAACAUCACGACGUUAACCACGAUAGGCCCAAGUUGCGUGUGAAUGGGAGCGAUGACGAUAAAGGUGUCCUAGCCGCUCCUGCCGACAACGUUAUAGAGACUGGCAAUGCAGGCGAAAUGGGUAAGCCUGUGGUGCUACCUUCCGAUAUGCCACCUGAAAUGAAGAAGCGAGUUGACGAUGGUUGGCUGCACAAUGCAUUCAACCAAUACGUUUCAGACAUGAUUUCGGUGCACAGAAGUCUUCCAGAUCCUAGAGAUGAGUGGUGUAAAGAACCAGGACGAUACAAGGACGAUUUACCUCCAACCGAUGUUAUUAUUUGCUUCCACAAUGAAGCUUGGUCAGUACUUUUAAGAACAGUUCAUUCGGUCCUCGAUCGAUCUCCAGAGCAAUUAAUUAAUAACGUUAUUCUAGUCGAUGAUUAUUCAGAUAUGGCACACUUAAAAGGACAACUAGAGGAUUACUUUAAAGACUAUCCAAAAGUGAAAAUUGUCAGAGCACAAAAACGUGAAGGACUGAUCAGAGCGAGAUUAUUAGGAGCUCGAUAUGCGACGGCACCGGUCCUUACUUAUUUGGACUCACAUUGUGAAUGCACUAUUGGAUGGUUGGAACCUCUUCUCGACCGAAUUGGACGGAAUUCAACGACCGUAGUGUGCCCAGUUAUUGAUGUAAUUGAUGACACAACCCUUGAAUACCAUUGGAAGAAUUCCGAUGGCGUGAACGUUGGAGGUUUUGAUUGGAAUUUACAAUUUAAUUGGCAUGCCGUGCCCGAAAGGGAGAAGAAACGACACCAGAAUUCGGCGGAACCUGUUUGGUCACCAACCAUGGCUGGAGGGCUUUUUUCCAUCGACCGAAAAUUCUUCGAACGCAUUGGAACCUAUGACUCAGGUUUUGAUAUCUGGGGUGGUGAAAAUCUCGAGUUAUCCUUCAAAACAUGGAUGUGCGGCGGAACACUUGAAAUAGUACCUUGCUCUCAUGUUGGACACAUUUUCCGGAAAAGGUCACCUUAUAAGUGGCGGACGGGAGUGAAUGUUCUCAAGAGGAAUUCCGUUCGGUUAGCAGAAGUUUGGCUAGACGAAUACGCUAAAUACUACUAUCAGCGAAUCGGCGAGGACAAGGGAGAUUUUGGCGAUGUGAGCGGUCGGAGGGAGUUGAGACAAAAGCUAGGAUGUAAAAGCUUCAAAUGGUACUUGGAUAACAUUUACCCAGAACUGUUCAUCCCUGGAGAGGCCGUUGCCUCAGGAGAGAUCCGAAAUCUGGGACUUGGCGGUCGCACAUGUUUGGAUUCACCAGCACGAAGGAAGGAUAUGAAGAAAGCAGUUGGAGUUUAUCCAUGCCACAACCAAGGAGGAAAUCAGUACUGGAUGCUUAGUAAAACAGGCGAAAUUCGAAGAGACGAAGCUUGUCUGGAUUAUGCAGGACACGAUGUAGUUCUAUAUCCUUGCCACGGAGCUAAAGGAAACCAGUUCUGGUCGUAUCAAGGCGAAACCAAACAACUUCAACACGGCUCAUCGGGCAAAUGUCUCGCGAUAGAUGAGCAAAAGUCGAAAAUCCUCAUGGAAGAAUGUGACGAUUCAAAUCCACGACAAAUGUGGAGUUUAGAAAAUUAUGAUCCGACGAAAUUGUGAGAUUUAAAGAUAUUCUCAUUUUCUAAAAACCAUUCAAAGUCUGUGAGAAAACAAUUAUUAUUGAGAAGCUCAAAUUCUACUUAUACGCGCAAAAAGCAAUCGUUGAGAAAUGUUCCAUUAGGCGAAAAGUAUCUUUAAGGAUUUCCUUUGAAAUGAUUUUAUCUUAAAGAAUCAGCGAAAUGUUAUUAGACUUUUCACGCCUAAUUUUGUUUUUCUUUUUUCUUGAUUUUUGCUUAAAGCUUUUGAUAGUUUUUGUUUUUUUUUUCUUGUGUUAUUUUUGUUCAACUUUAAAGCAACAAAUGCGAAAUAACUUGCAUAGUUUUGUUGAUCAUCAUAUUUUUUAGGAUAAAAUAUUAUCUAUUUAUAUAAAUAUCCUACUUAUGUGCGCCAAACAGCGCUUCCUAGGUAAAUGAAUUUUAUAAUUUACGAAGCCUAACUUGUAUAUAUCAAGAUAUUUGUAUUCUAGCCACGUAGUUAGUAUUAUCAUGUACUUAUUAUGAUUGUGUAGAAAACUUCAAAACAAUAUAUUUUCCUUUAUGAUACCGUUCAAUUUUUGGAAAUUAUAUUUGAUUUAGCCGAUAAUUAGGAUAAAAACGAAUUUUCCAAAAUUUAAAAGCUGAUCAAUGACGGUUUCAUGUCUUCCGAACAACUUUCCUUUGUCAUUUCAUUUUCACGUGAUGGAGCAGACAUGAAUUCAUAAUAAGAGAAUGUAAAUUUAACUCGCUUUGUCUUUAUGUAUCCUUUCGACGCAUGCAAGGUGUAUAUAAAUAGACAAACAAUAAUGGCAAAUUCGAUUAAGUAUUUAUACAAAUUAGGAAGCGAUGAGUUCAAUAAGGAAGAGAGGACCUCUUCUUAUCCCUGGUGAAAAUGGUCAUCUAUACAUUUUAUAUUAUUAAGGACAUAAGAAUAUCCAUCAAGUGAAAAUAAGUGAAAGAAAAAUAACUGUUGUAGUACUUAGUAUUUAUAUGAUUUAGUAAGAAUGUCUUAAAUAUGCGGAAGGGUAUGUACUAUGUAACUGAGUCGAUGACUGACAAGCUAGCGCGUAUGUACUAACCAUAAUAUAGCUAACAGUAUAACUUCGUUACUAACUUCUUGAUGAAUACUAUUUGAGGACAUAUAUGGAGUAAGACAUAUACUUUUUUUCCGGCUAAAAAUUUGUAAAGUAUUUCGGGACCCACUUGUCCCAUUUUUCAUUCCAGCAUUUUUUUAAAGAUCUGUUAAGGCAAUCCAACUAUCAAAUCCAUUGCUCGCUUUUCGGUCCGGUUUGGAGUCUUUAGCCUGUGUUUCAACAGAGAGACAACUCCAUUCAAUAACCACAAUGACCACUUUUUUCAAAUCUUCGGAGUAACUCUCAUGUCAAUUGUCCCCAACAGCAAAAUCGCCAUCUUUCAGUGGUGACAAUCAUGUAAUAUCGUCAUAAAGACGAUUCGACCGUGAAGACUAUACUCAGAGUUCAACUCCCUAUCACUAAACAUGUAUGAUGGGGAAAAAUCAUUGCACAUGGUUGACCGUCUA